GAAGAGUCCGGGUCCAAUGCAGACAAUGAGGCUCUUCAGGAAGCAGUUCCUAUCACGGGGCAGCACUACGGCUCAGUGGAGCCACACGUUUUUUCAAGCUUAAUCCGCGCCCAGUACUGGAAGUCUCUAGACCGACGUGUUAUGGUUUGGGUUUGGAUCAUGUUUUCUUCUAUGGAUUUGAUUAGACGAAACAUCAACAGAGCUGUUUCUGACAACCUCCUAAAUGACCCGAGCAUCAAUACCAAUGAUUACAACACAGGGCAGAUCAUUUUUUUGGUUUCAUUUCUCGCGGCUGAGCUUCCAGGAGGCCUUAUCAGCAAAAGGAUAGGACCUUUCCGCUACACCCUCGCCAUCAUUGUCCUCUUUGGUGGGCUCUGCAUGAUACAAGCAGGAAUGAAAAGCCGAUGGAGCUUUUGGCUUUUGCGGGCUUUGCUAGGGAUAACACAAGGAGGGUUUAUCCCUGAGAUGACUUAUGGGAGUUUGCUUGCCGGAGGCUUUCUCAAUAUGCGAGGAAUCUGUGGAUGGGCAGGAUGGCAAUGGCUCUUCUUCGUCAUGCCACCUUCCAUCACUGAACCUGCCCUGGCUUUUAGAAGACCCGAUCGGUCUAACAGCUGGUGGACAGAGGAAGAUGAGAAAGUGCUAGUUAAUAGACUGCUUCGAGAUGAUCCCACCAAAGGUGAUUUGAAUAAUCGCACAGCGGUGACGAUGAAGGGCCUUUGGGAGGCUAUCACUGAUAAAGAUUUACUUCCCCUGGGCGUCUUCGUUUGGAUUCCAUUCCAACCGACGGCUAAUUAUCUCUCCCUGACACUCCGCAACCUUGGCUACACAGUUUUUGAGUCAAACGUCUUGGCGAUUCCCAGCUAUAUAAUAUUUGCUAUCAAUACAGUUCCUUUGGGCUGGUUCUCUGAGAGGAUCAACGAACGAUUUCUUAUUUCUGCGUUGAGCAAUAUCGGGAUGCUACCUUACUUUAUCAGCUUGAUUGCCAUAAAGGGCGAUGGGUACCCUUGGAUUCGCUAUACGUUAUUGACCGGCAUCAAUGGGCUACCCUAA